AAGGAUAAAGCCAUAGUAUUGUAUGAUCUGAGAGAAUUUUUAAGGAAAAGAAAUAGAAACAGAGAGAGUCGACGACACAACUGUGGACUCCAGUCGCAAGAGACAACAAAAACAUCUCUACAGCCUCAGAAAUUGGACAUUCCCCAUCUCAAGUAGAAGAAGAAGAAAGAAGACAAACUUCCACAGUAAAAAGGGUCUAAGAGAAAGAGAAACAGAGCGAGUAACAGAGAUGGAGAAAGAAUGCGAAGAAGGGGAAAUGGAGAAAAAGCUUAGACGAAGUUUUACGGGCUAUAGUAGGAGAGCUGCUCCUUCUACUCCUCCACCCACCUGGCGCCUCGAGUUUUCGCCGCCGCACCGAGUCGGAGCUUCCUCUGCCGCCGUCGAGACGAAGGAGUUUUUGACGAAUCCGGAGGUUUCCGUCAGGAAAUUGUGCGCCGAUUUGUGGGAAACUGAACAAUUCCGGCAAAGAAUUGGGUUACGACGGUGUCGACGACGGGAUUCAGAUGUGGUAUCACCUUCCUGUGGGCCACUUCAUGAUCAUCAGCCACCUAGCAGAGGUAGCCUGAGGAGGCAAAUUGUAGCAACUUGUGAUCAUGGACUGGUCCGUAGGAAUGGCGAUCUCUUGCAACCAAUCUCUCCUGCAAGUUGCACCAGUAGUUCAUUGGAGGUUGUGAUGCGUAGACCAGCGUUUAGUCAGACAGGUUCUUCGGUGGUUAAGUCUGCGAGCUAUGGUUUGGGUUCCUCUACAAAGCUUCUCAAGGUGCUAAACCGGAUAUGGAGUCUCGAGGAACAGAAUACUGCCAAUAUGUCUUUGGUUAGAGCUCUAAAGAUGGAGUUGGACGAAUGUAGAGCCGAGAUUAAGGAGGUCCAACAACGAGAAAAGCAAAGCGAUAGGCGAGGGAGGAAGUUAAAGGAAGAAGAAGCAAAAGAGGUAAAAGGUGUUUUUCGAUCGAUGAAGAAGGAUUUAGAUGAUGAGAGGAAAAUUAGAAAGCAGUCAGAGACUUUGCAUCGGAAGCUAACACGAGAGGUUUGUGAAGCGAAGCAUUGUCUAUCAAAAGCUUUAAAAGAUCUUGAAAAGGAGAGACAGGAACGUGUUGUUGUGGAAAAUCUCUGCGACGAGUUUGCAAAAGCAGUUAAAGAUUAUGAAGAUAAGGCAAGAAGGGUUGGGAACAAGUCACCUAUGAGUGAUAAAGUGAUUGUGCAGAUCGCAGAAGUAUGGAAUGACCAGAGAUUACAAAUGAAGCUAGAGGAAGAUGAUAAAGGCAUUGAAACAUUUUUGCGACGUAAGGAGAAGAGUAGAUCACAUUCAAGUAAAGGAAGUGGCUUGAGAGCAAAACCAGAUGAUUCGGUUUCGAUGCAUCAAAGGGUUUGCUUGAAGGAACUCGAAGAAGGGAUCGGAAAGCGAACAAGAAGAGAUAACAAAUUGCAACUUAAGAAGAGCUCAGGCCAAGUUCUUAAUCUAUCUAUGUCUUCGGAAGGAGAUAAGAUAUAUCCAGAGAGUAGUCCAAGGACGGUUGAUGAUCAUGAGAAUGAAGAAAAGUCGAGAACUUUCUCGAGAAUUCGUCAGAGGAAUGUGAAUGUGGCAAUGGGAGAGGAUAAACAUCGUACUCUCAAGGAUAAGCUGAUGGAAGCUCGUGUAGAGAGUCGACGUUUACGUUCUCCUUUGAAACCAGAGUUGAGUCCGAGUGAUCUGGUUCAAGGAUGAGCCAGUUUGAUAGCUCGUGUAGUUGUAAGGUUAAUGUUUGUUAGUUUUAGAUUUUAAAAUCUCUCUAUUAGGGAAGAAUUCUUUUGGAGAAAAACUUCCACAAGUUUGUAUAUUAUUUUUACAUGAUAUGUCAUUAA